CCAGACCAUACAGCUGACUGACACAACAUUGGAUCAAAAGUAGGCAUGACAGUCUCCAGGCGGCUUCAUUCAAUAAAGACUUCCUUUUUUUAAUAGUAAGCACAACUCUGAAAAGAAAUCGUAUCACAUGAUAUCACCCUAUAAAACCAGAACACUCUGAACUUUUGGCAUAGCUUUUACAGUCUGCCUGAAGAACAACAUGGAACAGAUUAUGCAGAAGAGUAUGAAUGAAAAAAAUAAUGAAUGUCUGGAGUCAUACAAAAAGGAGAACAUCUUUUUAGACUUCUGCGUGUUCAUGGAUAGAGACGAAAAAGUAGAAUAUCCACUGAAACCAGAAGAAUCUGAAUGUAGUACAGAAGGCAGCAGAGAUGGUGAAUGUUCUGUGGAAAGAGUGUGGUGUAAGAGCGAGAACUAUAGCAUGACUUACACCAUACAGUGUGGGAUUACAUCAGUUGAUAAACGUCAGGUUCUGAUCCAGAGUUUAGGCCAGACAAUCAUCAGUUCUGAUUUUUUCCACGCUUGCAUGAAUAAUUCCAAAUCUGAGAGGAUGACAAUAUUCUACUACAAGUCACAGAUAGAAGGUCUGAACGGCCUGCCUGUCGUGUUACAAUUUAGCGACUCAAAUCAUUUUUUUAAGUGCACAGAGAAGAAUGGCAAAGCAGUGCUCACCAUCGAGUGCUUGGAGCAUGACAAACUGAAGACUAUCUGUAAGAGUGACAAAACCACAUGGCCUUUUGUCUUCCUAUUUUCAACUACGAAGGAGAACUAUUGUCGCUUUGAGUCAGCUGCCUGCAGUGGCUGGUUCAUUCAUACAAGGUUAAAUAGGGUGUAUGCAGGUUCUAGCCUAGAAAAAAAAUAUGAAGAAAAUACUUAUCAAAUUAUCAAUGUAUAAUAAGUCUUCAACCCUAGUAAAUAGACUUUACUACUCAAUGUUCAUGUGAAGAGCUGUGUUGAAAACAGUAUGAGAUCAGUAUGUAUACGUCCUUAUACCUCAGCUUCUUAAUUCUCAGUAUAUUGUUAUUUCAUUCUCAUGAGUGUAUCUUCACUUUUGCUUCACCAAAUCUGAGGUGUGUU